CAGGGAACUUGCCAACCAGCAGGCGCUCUCCACCGGAAGUAGUAUCCUUGACGUUGGCGCCUUUGGAAAAGAAGGAUAACGGUUGAGAACCUCCAGCGGGACCAAAUCCAAGUGGAUCAUGGCAGAGACCGAUGUGGACAACGAGCUGUUGGACUAUGAAGACGACGAGGUCGACAACCAGGCCGGGGGCGAUGCUCCAGACAUUGCCCCCAAGAAGGAGAUGAAGGGAUCCUACGUGUCCAUCCACAGCUCUGGAUUCCGAGAUUUUCUUCUAAAACCUGAGUUGCUCCGGGCCAUUGUGGACUGUGGCUUUGAGCAUCCAUCAGAAGUACAGCACGAGUGUAUCCCUCAGGCCAUUCUGGGUAUGGACAUUCUGUGCCAGGCAAAGUCUGGCAUGGGCAAAACAGCUGUGUUUGUCCUGGCCACGUUACAACAGCUGGAACCUAUUACAGGACAGGUUUCUGUCUUAGUCAUGUGUCACACCAGAGAGCUGGCCUUCCAGAUCAGCAAAGAGUACGAGCGAUUCUCCAAAUAUAUGCCCUCUGUGAAGGUGGCAGUGUUUUUUGGCGGCCUUUCUAUUAAGAAGGACGAGGAGAUGCUAAAGAAGAGCUGCCCCCAUAUAGUGGUGGGCACCCCGGGCCGAAUUCUCGCGCUGGCAAGAAACAAGAACCUGAAUCUCAAGCACAUCAAACACUUUAUCUUGGACGAAUGUGACAAGAUGUUAGAACAGCUAGACAUGCGCAGAGAUGUUCAAGAAAUCUUCCGUAUGACCCCUCAUGAGAAGCAGGUCAUGAUGUUCAGUGCCACCCUCAGCAAGGAGAUCCGCCCAGUCUGCCGCAAGUUCAUGCAAGAUCCAAUGGAAAUCUUCGUGGAUGAUGAGACCAAGCUGACCCUCCACGGCCUGCAGCAGUACUACGUCAAACUAAAGGACAAUGAGAAAAACCGCAAACUGUUUGACCUCCUGGACCUGUUGGAGUUUAAUCAGGUGGUCAUCUUCGUAAAGUCCGUUCAGCGGUGCAUCGCUCUGGCUCAGCUUCUGGUGGAACAGAAUUUCCCAGCGAUCGCUAUUCACCGCGGGAUGCAACAGGAGGAGAGACUCUCCCGAUAUCAGCAGUUCAAGGAUUUCCAGCGCCGAAUUCUGGUGGCCACAAACCUGUUUGGUCGCGGGAUGGAUAUUGAAAGAGUGAAUAUUGCCUUUAAUUACGACAUGCCAGAGGAUUCUGAUACUUACCUGCACAGGGUGGCACGAGCUGGCAGGUUUGGUACCAAGGGUCUUGCCAUCACAUUCGUCUCUGAUGAGGGAGAUGCAAAAAUCCUGAACGAGGUUCAAGAUCGUUUUGAGGUCAACAUCAGUGAGCUGCCGGACGAGAUCGACAUUUCAUCAUACAUUGAACAGACCCGGUGAAGGUGGUUUCCAGUUCCGGACGCCGCUCACUCCUGCCGUUCCUCCCUGCAUCGGAUUGGCAUUAGCAAGUCACCGGCUAUAACCUGUUUGAAGUGGAGCAUGGCUCUUCCCGUCUGUCCCAGCAGAAUGUCACUCUCCAGUGCUUCCCUGCUGCCCAAAGUUGUAAAACACGGAAACUGUUUAAAAAAAUAUUGUGCAGGAGAAAAAAGAGAGAAGCAAAACGCUGCCUGACUCGGCGCCACGUGGGGUGUGAUAUUUAGUGUAGUCCCCAGCCGCACAACCCGAUCUCAUGAUAAAUGACAGUCAUUAUCCAUCUAUCGUUAAUGGAUGAAUUUGGCAGAAGCCGCACGGCUGAGUUGUGUAGUUCUGGUGUAGUAUUUAGUUCCAGUUUUAUACAGUGAGAAUGAAUUAUUUUUUUUUUUUUAACCACAGUCUUGUAUUUAGUGACUUAUUACUCCAUGUCACAAUGAGUAAAAGUAUUACGUUUCCUCAG